AAGGUAAAAAUAGAAACUUGGGAUUUCCCAGAAAAUACCCAAAUACAAAACCAAUAAUAAUAAAGAUAUGGCUGUUUUCUUAUAUCUAGCGCUAUUGACGAUAUCAACUGUUAUCCUACAGAUUGAAGGAUUUUACCUACCUGGUUUAGCACCCGUCUUAUUUUGUUCCUCAAACGGAAAUGAUGAUGAUGAUUGCCAGAUUGAGGUGCCAGUGUUCGUCAAUAGACUUAACUCACUAAGAACUUUGAUACCAUAUGAAUAUGAUAUGUUUGAUUUUUGUGGCUAUGAUGAAUCACAGGCUGAUCCUCAGAUGAAUUUAGGUCAAGUGGUAUUUGGAGAGAGAAUAAAACCAUCUCUUUAUAAGUUUUAUUUCAAAGAAGAUCGUGUGUGUGAGAAAGUAUGUGAGAAGAAUUAUUACCCUGGUAAUAAAACCAGCCUAGUUAAGUUGAACAUGAUGAGGAAAAUGAUUGACCAGAACUAUAAUCUCCACUGGAUUGUGGACAAUAUGCCGGUGACAUAUUGUUACGAGGUGGAAAGUGGAGGACAAUAUUGUACUAGCUCAUUUCCAGUUGGUUGCUAUGUUGCUAAGGACUUUGUACAGAAAGAUUUUUGUGUAACCAGUGACACAUUGUUCACAGAGCCCGACACACAUUAUUUCUUCAAUCAUAUUGACUUUACCAUAAAGUACCAUCCAUCUGCUGAUGAUAGUGGUAGAAUUCUCUCUGUUUGGGCCACGCCCAAAAGCAUUGCCUAUAAUCAGGAUAUUGAUAUUUGUCAAGAUAAUAACUUAAAAGCCAUGGGCAUCAGAAAUGGCCAUUUGAUGAAGGAAACAACUAUUACAUAUACUUACUCUGUCAGAUGGGUUGCUGAGGAAAAUAUAAAGUGGGCAUCAAGAUGGGACUAUAUUCUAGAGGACUUUCCAGCCAAUGAACAUCUUCUAUGGUUGAAUUGUUUAAACUCGCUGAUUGUUGCCAUGUUUCUGGCCUCAAUACUCGCAGUAGUCUUGAGGAAAAUUCUGUUAAAAAAGACUGUACAAACUAGCAAACAAAAUGGUUGGCGUUGUUGGAAAAGAAAAAAUGAUGAAAGCCAAUUUAAGUGGAAAUUAAUUUAUGCAUACAUAUUUCGACCUCCAGGCUCUGGUAUGGCAUUAGCAGUGUUGAAUGGAAGUGGUGUGCAACUCAUUGUAACUGCAGUGAUUAUACUAGUGCUGGCAACAAUAGGUGUUCUCUCACCAGCAAAUAGAGGAGCCUUAGAGACAUGUAUAUUAGUGUUCUAUGUUUGCCUGGGAUCCCCAGCAGGUUAUGUUUCAGCAAGACUUUAUAAAGCUUUUGGUGGGGAAAGGAAGUUGUUAAAUGCUAUUCUAACAGCUACAGUUUGUCCAGGGAUAGUUUUUGUGCUGAUACUCAUCUCCAACUUUCUGUAUAUGAUAGAGGAGUCAAGUGCGGCAAUACCAUUUACAACAAUACUUGCUCUGUUGGGUUUAUGGUUGGGUAUUUCUUUGCCUUUGACGCUACUUGGUUCAUUCUUUGGAUUUAGAAAAAAGGGAUAUCAAUAUCCAGUGAAAACAUCUGAAGUUGCAAGACAAGUACCUCCACUGAGACUACAUCUAAAACCUGUUUCAGGCAUGAUUAUAGGAGGCUUUCUACCUUUUGGAACAAUUUUCCUUCAUUUGUUCUUUAUCUUGAAUAGCAUUUUUGCACACCAAUUGUACUACAAGUUUGGUUUCCUGGCUUUGGGAUUUAUUAUGCUGGUUGUCACAUGUUUCCUGGUAACGAUUUUACUGUCCUAUUUCCAUCUGUGUGCAGAGGAUUAUCGCUGGUGGUGGAGGUCAUUCCUAAACAGUAGUUUUUGUGCUGUUUACAUGUUCAUAUACUGUAUUUAUUACUACGCUGCUAAAACAGACUUUGAUGAUGGAGUUAGCGCAUUCAUCUAUGGCAUAUAUGUCUUUAUUUUGUCGUUUUUGCUGUUUCUUGUAACAGGAAGUGUAGGUUUCUUCUCCAGCUUUUGGUUUGUUAGAAAGAUAUAUAGUAAUGUUAAGGAGUGCGACUUGUGGUCAACAAAGGACCUGCAAGAUGAACCUUUAGGAUGAAGAAGAUGAACUUUUACACCUGGAUAGCUUACUUUAUUUAAUCGGAAGUCAUAUAAUGUUUUGUACACAUGGGAAUCAUGUACUUAAUAUGAAAACAGAUAUAUACAUUGUAUAUGUCAGGUGUUACAUUCACAUAAGAUAAAUUCACAAGUGCUUGUGUAUCUAUAUGUACAUAGAGGGGCAGUAUUAUAUUUGUUUUGUCGAGAUAUGUGACUGACAAAAUUUCUCUUGACUUAUUGAAAUAUGACAUUGACUAAAAUAUAACCUUGAUGAUAUUUUUAACAAUUCAUAGGGUCUGAAAAUGAAGGGUCAUAAGUGUUUAAAGGUGAAGGGGCAUUUGUGUUAAACAAACAUGUUUUAGCUACUUGUUAUUGUAGAAAAUGACCAUUGACAUGCUGAUGAUGUGGUGGUGAUUGAAUCAAUAUGACCAGGGCAGACCAAGAUAAACAGGAACGACUAUGUUGUCUGAUAUCUACACUGUUCACUAUUCAGUCAAUACUUGUUUUGAAAUUUUCCCUCAAAAUGAUCAAUGGAUUCAUUCAGAUUGAAAGAUGGACAAGUUCAUUUAAGAUAUUUAAUUUGAUAAGUGGUAUUUCUAGGUUAUACCAGUCUGCAUAGCUUAGUGGGUUUGAGUGCAAGACUUGUAAUCUCACCAUUGUGGGUUUGAUUCCCAGACUGGCCAACUAAAAUUACUAGUCAGUCUGUCAGAUGAGACUUUAAAUUGAGGUCCCGUGUAUGAGUGCUCAAACACUUGGCACGUUAAAGAACCAGGAAACUUCUGGAAUUUGGCAUCUUUCUGUAUCUGUAUGUCCUCCAAAUUCUAAAAUGACUAAUACUCUUCUGGACUCGCCGAUAUGGACAACCGAUGGCAAGUAUAAAUAAACUCAAAUACUCACUCUUAAGAUUCUAUUAAUGUAAGUUUUAACUUAAUUUGUUAUACAGCAUGAUUAUACACAAUGCAUAUAAUUCUGUUAGAUCUGAUUUUGAUUUGUUGUUGGUUUAUACAAUGUUUUAUCUGUUGGUUUAUACAAUGUUUUAUCUGUUGGUUUAUACAAUGUUUUAUCUGUUGGUUUAUACAAUGUUUUAUCUGUUGGUUUAUACAAUGUUUUAUCUGUUGGUUUAUACAAUGUUUUAUCUGUUGGUUUAUACAAUGUUUUAUCUUAUUAUUAUACAACCAUGUACAACUCAUUGUAUACCUUUUAUUUUAUCUUAUGUGAUAGAUUUUAAUGUGUCACAUUAUGGUUUAUUAAACAUCAUGUUAACUUUUUACUAUAUAGCCUUAUGUGACACAUGGUGUUAUUUCAAUCUAUUAUCCUGUGGCAAUAUUCCUCAGGGGAGAGUAAUCUAUAGACAUUCUAGUUCUCUCCCCUGACCCCUCUGCUCUUGUAAAGUUUAUGAAAUGUUGGUUCGGUAUAAUUAAAAAGAUAACAAUGUCCUUCAGAGUGACAGUGCAUGUAAGCAACCCUUGAACUGAUACAACACCCGUGGCUCGGACUCAGGCGUUAUUUCAGUUCUCCGGUGACUAAUAUGCACUAUCACCCUGAGUAAUUGGCUGUUCAUUAUUCAAUUUGUUUUAGAUAAAUUAAUUAAAAUUGUGAAAUAGGCCGGACUUUAUAUUAACUGGAUAGUAUAUAAAAGUUUUAUGUGAUUUUAGAGAUGUAACACACCUUAUUACUAUAUGAAACUAAAGCAUUGUCGAGCAAGGAUAAACUUCAGUUCUAUAAUUGAAGCAUUCAAGUGUGCAUGUCCUUCUGGGUUUGAUAAAGAUCUUUGGGUGAGGAUAUAUUUAGGGAUAUGAUUUUGUCAGAAUAAUCAAUCAGUUUUAUCUGUUGUUUUUUUUGUUUGUUUUUUUUUGUGAUCGCUUUUUGUCCGGCGUCCGGCCAUCCGUAAACUUUUACUUCAAAUGACAUCUCCUCAUAAACCACUAAGCCAUUUUCAACCAAACUUCACAGAAAAGUUCCUUUGGUGGUCACCUUUGAAAAUUGUUCAAAGAAUUUAAUUCCAUGAAGAACUCUGGUUGCCAUGGCAACCAAAAGAAAAAAAACUUUAAUUAUCUUCUUCUAAAUAACCCAAAGAGAUAGAGCUUAGAUAAUUGGCAUGGAACAUCUUCUAGUGAGUGUCAACCAAGUUUGUUCAAAUAAAAGCCCUGGGGUCAAAAUUGGCCCCGCCCCAGGGGGACAUUGAUUUUUCCUAUAUGCAUAUAGUAAAAAAUUAAAAAUCAUCUUUUAAAGAACCCAAAGAGCUAGAGCUAAGAUAUUUAGCAUGAAACAUGUUCUAAUAGAUGUCUACCAAGUUUGUUCAAAUAAGAGCCCUGGGGUCAAAAUUGGUCCCGCCCUGGGGGACAUUGAUUUUCCUUAUAUGUGUAUAGCAAAAACUUAAAAAUCUUCUUCGAAAAAACCCGAAUAGCUAGAGUUUAGAUAUUAAGCAUGAAACAUCUUCCAGGAAGUGUCUACAAAGAUUGUUCAAAUAAAAGCCCUGGGGUCAAAACUGGCCCUGCCCCAGGGGUGUCAUUGUUUUUAAAUAUAUGUGUAAAGAAAAAACUUAUAAAAUCUUCUUUUAAAAAACCCAACAAGCUAGACCUUAGAUGUUAAGCAUGAAACAUCUUCUAAUGGGUGUCUACCAAGUUUGUUCAAAUAAAAGCUCUGGGGUUUAAACUGGCCCCGCUCCAGGGGGCCUAUAUACAGGUGAGCGACUUCAGGGCCAUCAUGGCCCUCUUGUUGUUUUUUACGAGUUAAUAUUUUCUCUACUGUGAUACAUUGAGUUGUAGUGUAAAUAUCAUGUUUCAAUAUACAGUUUUGUAAUUUUUAAAUCUAUCAUCUCUUGCAGUUUAUAUAACUCCUUUUCUAAGUGUAAAUGUCACAUAAUUCAGGUAAACAGUUAACUAAACAAUUACUUGCAACUGAGAAUAUUUCAAUUAAUGAAUUAUAAAACUCGUGCGGUGCUGCUCUGCCUUCAUAUCUUGGGAAGUGUGCAUAGUUUUAUUACUUGGGUCUUCUUCCACAAUACCAGUAGAAUAUAUUUUCUGUUGUUAAAUCUUUUUUAAUCAUUUUGUUAUUAAAAUACCUAUAUCAGGGUUCUAUAAGAAUUAUUAAUCUUGUUUAUGACGGGAGGGACGAACCAAUAUGCCUGAUAAUUGAUAGACUGGACACCUAGUUCAAUGAUUUUUAUGUUCAAUCAUUUUUCUUUCCUUUGGUAUUAUUUUUCUGAUAUUAAACUAUGGAGCUUUAUUUUAUAUAUGCUUAAUUGCUUAUAAUGCUUAUAUAUAUAAAUGUUUCAAUAUUUCUUUAAAGUGCCAUUUUUUCUGAUAAAUGAUACAUGUACGAUUUUUUCCUUUCGGAGGGCCCGAUCGCUGAACUUGGAAGAACUUGGGCUCAUCCCUUUUUAUAUUCAUUAAUUCAAAAACAUGUUGUUCAUGUAUAUAUUAACAUGUGUAUAUCAGCAAUUAAAUAUUAUAAAAACAA